UGUCCACUGAGGAGAAACAGAGAACAAGAGAGGGGAGGAGAGAAGAAGCAGAGAUAAGAUAAUACAAAAUAAGAAAGAAAGUCAUCACCAGGAAAUUGGGAAUUAGUAAAUGAUUAAAGAAGAAUUCCAGCUGACAGACUGGACAGAAGAAAUAAAGUGAUUCUCCAGAGAGAUAAUUGAAAGUAACCUUCUGAUCUCUGCGUGUGGAAGGACCGUCUCCAGUAUGUUCCUCCUUCUCCUGUUGUGUAUGUGUGGUCUUGUGCUGCGAGGUGACGCACAGGACCGAGCUGCUCUGUGGAGGGGCAACGACCGAAGUGGACGAUGCCAGUACACCUUCAAUGUACCCAGCCCCACCGAGGCCAGCUGCCCGCAGACCGGAGGCCCUGAGGUGGAGGGCCUGAAUGCUAGACUCAGCCUAUUGGAAGUACUGGUGUCCAAGCUGACUGGAGGGGGCACUGGUGGUUCCCAAGGGGCCGCAGCCAGAGCUCAGCCUGGGCUUCAAGAGGCGCUGAACCGUGUCACAGGGGAGAGGAACCUGCUGCAGGGAGAGAAGGAACGUUUGGGGCAGGAGUUGGAGGGGCUUCAGCGCAGGAUGGAGGAGAUGAGGAGAGAGACAGAGAGGCUGAGGAACAGACCCUGUCCUCUACAGACCCCCGUGGUGCCACCAAGCCUCUCUGUGCAGGACAGUGGCCUGAUGAGACCUGUCGGGGGUCCCAAUCCGAUGUCUAACCUGAUGACCAGGCCCGACAGGCAGGGAGACAGCAGCAGCAGUUUGAGAGACUCAGCGUGGCAGUAUGGACGUCCAGGCUUCCAGGAGCUGAAGGCUGAGGUGACAGAAGUACCCGCUCCUGACACCUCUGAGGACAACACAGGUUGUGGGGAGUUGGUUUCGGUUGGUGAGCCGGUCACUCACAGGAAGGCAGACAAUAUAGCCGGUAAAUAUGGCGUUUGGAUGCAGGACCCUGAGGCCGUCUCCCCGUACGGACCCAACAUGGUGUGGCGCAUCGACACCAUAGGCUCUGACGUCAGGCAGCUGUUCGGGUAUGACGACAUGGAACAACUCUCCAAAGGCUUUCCAUCCAAGGUCCUGCUGUUGCCAGAGCUGGUGGAGAGCACUGGUGCCACUCUGUACCGAGGCUCUCUGUAUUAUCAGAGACGUCGUAGCCGUUCUCUCAUCCGCUUCGACCUGGCCUCUGAGAGCAUCGCAACCCGUCGUGAUCUCCCCCACGCCGGCUUCCACGGCCAGUUCCCCUACUCCUGGGGCGGCUACACAGACAUCGACCUGUCUGUGGAUCAGCAGGGACUGUGGGCCGUCUACUCCAGCAGCAAGGCCAAAGGAGCCAUCGUGAUCUCGCUGCUGGACCCACACAGUCUGGAGGUGAAGAGGAGCUGGGAGACCAACAUCAGGAAGAACUCUGUGGCAAACUCCUUCAUCAUCUGCGGCAAGCUGUACACCGUGGCCAGCUACACAGCACCCGACACCAUCAUCAACUACAUGUAUGACACUAAGACCAGCCAGGGGAAGUCCAUGGCCAUCCCCUUCAGGAACAGGUACCGCUACAACAGCAUGAUCGACUAUAAUCUGGCUCAGAGGAAGCUGUUUGCCUGGGACAACUUCCACAUGGUGUCCUACGACCUCAGGCUGGGUCACCAGCAGGCCAACUAAGGCCGCCAUGAGUGACUGUUGAAAAGUGACAUUUGCAUUGACAUUUGUUCCUGCUUCAAAGACGCAUAAUGUGUGUGUGGUAGUAGUAGUUAUAAACCAACACCAUCAGUAUCAACGUGUAGAAGAGCCUAACUACCAAACUCCAAAGUUAAAUGGAGACAUUCGAGGAACACUGUCCCUCCCCCCCCGCAGGUAUUCUUUUUUUCUUUUCUUUUUCCAGUGGGUGGGCUUUUGCUGUUGCACGGCCCACAAAUGUUUUUAGAGGAAUUAUUUUUGUACCGCCUUUAAUGCAGAUGUAUGAUUUUGUUGUUUUCUUGAUAAGCUAUAUACAGUAUAUUUGAGUUUCACAAGCUAAGUGGGAUAAUUAAUGCAUACAAUUUACAAACUCCGCUGUUACUACUCGUCAACAUCUCUCAUUAAACAAACUGCUCUCACUCAGCAUGUAUUGAAUAUUGCAUGUACUUGUAAACUGUAGUCAAAAUAAUGACUUAAUGUUCAAAAUCAUGAAAUAAAUUUCCUAAAUGACAA